AACAUUAAGACAGUGAAGAGUUCGGCAAUUGUGAACUGCCGAAAUGAUUGCUGUUUUAUUCUGUUGUGUGUUUGUUCUAUCCGGAGCGGUAAUUGGCAUCCCGCAGAAGAAUAAUGGUGGACGCAAUUUUGAGCAACUUCCUUUCUUUUGGACAAUGAAAUCGUGCUGUGAAAACAAUGCCUACAUGUGUACGCGUAGUGCAAGCUCUAAGACUACGAGGCCAAUUAUCGUCCCAAAGAGCCAGAUAUGUGAUGGGACGACACAGUGCCCUAACGGCGAUGACGAAAGCUGCACAAAAUGCCAAGAACCCCCGACAGUCGCGUUUGGUUCCAGCAACCCCGCAACAAGUCAUUACACUGUGGGUACGAUUGUCAAGUAUGGAUGCAACACCGGAUAUACAAUCGAAGGGAACGAUUUCAUCGUCUGUAGCCCAAACGGGACUUGGAGCCAGCCUCCUGUUUGUGUCAGAACAUGUCCUUCAACUCUGCCAGUUUUUCCGAACACAUCACCCAUGCCCUCUAAUCCCCCCUACAUGAGCGGAACAGUACUUGUAUACAAAUGUAUUGGAAGCAAGGUUGACGACCAUACCAAGAACAGUACCAUUACCUGUAUGCCGGAUGGUUCCUGGUCAGGUGAACCCACCUGUAUACAGAAAUGCGAUGAUCCCCCAGUCAUACAAUACGGAUACGCGCUCGAUGCCAAGGCUCCGUACACAGUUAUGGACGUAGUUACGUACGCUUGUGCUGUCGGGUCGGCACUGGUGGGCAACAACCAUGCGUCUUGUAAGGCUGACGGAACUUGGACUUCACCUCCAGUUUGCAAACGAGUAUGCGACGCAUCCUUGCCCAAGUUUCCCAAUGCAUUACCAGCCUUUCAAACGUCGCCAACUUCCCAGUCGCCGCCAUACUUCGUCGGAACAAUCAUUAUCCACAGCUGUGAAGCUGGCUUUGACGAGAUGGGGAAUAACUUUAUUGUCUGUUUGGACGAUGGGACAUGGUUUGGAGAACCGAAAUGCUUGGCCAAAUGUAGUGAACCACCAAUGGUCCCCUUUACUAAUGCAGCGGUUAAGGAUGCCAAUGUACCUUCCAUAGGAUCCACAGCUACCUACAAUUGCAUAACAGGAUACGCACUGGAAGAAAAUGCUGCAGGCAUGGCCGCCGUCUGUCUUAAAGAUUUAACAUGGGCACCAUUACCAGAAUGCAAAAAAGUUUGUACAGAUGACCCCCCGAACUUUGAAAAUGCGACGCCAGUCCUACCUACAACGCCUACUUUCGUAGGGACCAUUAUAGAGUACACUUGUGAUGAUGGCUAUGAAAUUGGGCCAAACUGUAGCAAUACAGUUACAUGUGAUGGGGACGGGUGCUGGAAAGGAACUGUGCAGUGCAUAAGAACAUGUGUCGGAUCUGGGCUACAGAACAGGUUUCAAGAUUCACCUGUCCCCGGAUCCGGCGAGCCAUAUUUCGCUGGGGACCGAGUGGUGUACGAAUGCAACGCGGGCUACACCAUCAAUCCAUGCAGAUCCAACUUUGCAGAAUGUCGAGAUGACGGAACAUGGUCAACACCAAACCAAUGCAGUGGACCACCAAUGUCCUGCAGUGGUUCGAAUAACGAAGGCUGUACUAACCCAAGGUCAACUACUGUUGAGGGUACUACGUUUCAGUGGCGUCUUUGUGACGGCGGUGGAGACGGGGUCUGUGCAUUUAACAAAGGACGUCUCGAGGUUAGACAAGGCACUACUGGGAACUUUAAACCAGUAUGCAAUGAUGAUUGGCUUACUCAUCCUAAUCUUCAUGUGGCCUGCAGAAUGCUUGGAUUCAGACAUGCUGUUGGCAUGUCAAACUUUCGGCCGGGUAGUAACGUCUUCGCGCUGGAUAAUGUCAGGUGUGGUGGAAGUGAGACGAAUUUGAUUCAGUGUCCUUCAAAUGGCUUUGAUGCCAACGACAACUGUGCUGCAGACGAUUACGUCGGACUCAUCUGCACAAACGAAUGCAAGACAAGUCUGUAAAAUGUCAGAGUGAAUGCAAUGGAAAUGAUAAAACAAUUAUUUUA